UCUUGCAGUGCGUGUCUACAGCUGCGGAAUUGGCCAUGGAAGACGUCGACAUGCAGAACGCUGACAUUUACUCCGAGUUCAGACUGAGAGUGGUGGACGGAAAGGAGCGCUUCCUCUGCCUGCUUGAGCCGUGCGGGAGAUUGGCGAGAUCAUAUGCAGGGAAGCAGAGUUGGAUACUGCACCGGCUCCGGAUACACAAGAUCGACGACACACGAAAUAUACCAGAUAUUAGGGUAAUUCGUAAGUGGUUUGGUGACAGAAAUCCCGGGUCGAAUGACAAACCAGCGAUAUCAGCAACAUCGAAGGAUGCAGCGAAACAGUCCAAGUCUCGACUAGCUGCAACAGUAAAUCAGUCUAAGAGUCCCGAUCUUGCCCAGGUCACCUCGCGAUCACCCUCGGCGUCGCUACGUGAGAAACUUCCAAAGCGGAUUGUGUCAGGUUCAGCUCCUGUUCCUGCAGAUCGCUCUGUCUUAACACAGCAGACAACUAACCAGACACUGGAUGUUGUCCACACUUCAAUACAAUGCAUGUAUGUGGUCCGCACCGUCGCAGAUCUCCUCAUCAAAGGUCUUCUCGCCGAUUACCUCAACCUCGCUCAUAGCGAGAAUGGACGUCAGAGGACACUGCGGAGGGAGACUAAUGCUUUUUCAGAAGUUACCUCUAUUGCACCUCCUGUUGAUCGCGACGGACUUCAGCAUGCUCUUGGUUCCGUGAGAGGGCAAUCUAAAGGCAAGAAGAGCAUCAGCGAGAUCUUUCGACUAUUCGAAGAGGAGAUGGCGUCAAAUCCAGAAUUGGUUGGAGAAGAUAAUUGCGACUGCGCCACAUGCGUCCGCGACUUCGGAAAGCUUGAUAUUAAAUAAUAAUUGUAACAGACACUACUACUUCAUAUUGAUAUUUAGAUGAACAUCGACUCGCAGACUCUCUGCCAAACUGAACACCAAGCAAGAUUAUCUUUUUUUAAAUUCAUAGCCGAAUGCUAUGGAGUAUGUGAUCUCCACUAUCUCCACAACUGAGUCUCCUUUACCAAGUCCCUACAUGCGAUAAGAUUGCCAUUUUCAUUCACUAGCAGUCGAUAGAAUUUUAAACACCAUAUCAAGUACACAAUAUCCUAAACAAUGUCCACUUGUAAACGAACGUACAGGCAACUGUUCAGAAUUAACACAACUCUUGGAAAAAAGUUGAUGAAAAAUAUAUGAAGACGCUCUAAUUACUUUCUUUGCAUCAAUAACCAUCUACUUCCCACAAUCCCAUUUCACAUUCCAUUUCUGUGACGUUUUGUCAGUAUAUACUCAUUAGAUAAAAAAAUCCCACAUACUCACAACUAAUUGCAGCAAAACGUGAGAUAUUUCCAUAACCAAAAUCGAAAGCGAAAUUUGCUAAAGCAUCCAACAUUGGACCCGAGCAUAGUAUC